AUGUUCAAGGGUGGAUGGCGGAUUUGUCUCACGGAUGCAAGGCUCCUUAGGUCUCUCUCUCCUAUAGAAAGUCUUUUAGAAGACACAUCAAUACAUAUUGAUAUCUGUACUGCAGCUGCUGUUGAUGGUAGCAAUAUCCAAGGAACAACCAGUAACAAACUAGUCCAAGUCCAACCAUAUACAAGCGUCUUAAUGCCCUCGAAGUACAGAGAUGCCUUUAGGGAUGAUCAAGUUGCAGCAGUGGUUAUGCGGUACUGUCCCAAGAUACAGAAGGAGUGGCUGACCAAAUAUACAUGUUUCAUAAAGGUGGUGAUGCACAGGCAGGACAACAGACUCUUGGAGUUGGAGGAUGCUGCAGAAGCUAGUACUAGUGCUUUAAUAUUGCCUAAAUUUAUACGUGAGUUGGUUACACCAUUGCACGUGUAUGAUAACUUGUCCAUCUUUGUAUCCCUGAACCUCCUCAAGGAUCAAGAUGGCUUAGACUAA